AUGAAGCGCUCCCUGUACGGUGAUCGGGAUCACCCUGGCAUUGCCGCAACACUGCAUGCGCUGGGCACAGUGAGUCGAGCUGCUGGAGAUCUUUCAGAAGCAACGCUGCAUUUGGAGGAGUCUUUGCGAAUGAAGCGCUCCCUGUACGGUGAUCGGGAUCACCCUGGCAUUGCCGCAACACUGCAUGAGCUGGGCCAAGUGAGUCGAGCUGCUGGAGAUCUUCCAGAAGCAAAGCAGCAUUUGGAGGAGUCUUUGCGAAUGGAGCGCUCCCUGCACGGUGAUCGGGAUCACCUUGAAAUUGCCGCAACACUGCAUGAGCUGGGCCAAGUGAGUCGAGCUGCUGGAGAUCUUCCAGCAGCAAAGCAGAAUUUGGAGGAGUCUUUGCGAAUGGAGCGCUCCCUGUACGGUGAUCGGGAUCACCCUGACAUUGCCGUGACACUGCAUGCGCUGGGCCAAGUGAGUCGAUCUUUGCGAAUGAAGCGCUCCCUGUACGGUGAUCGGGCUCACCCUGACAUUGCCGAAACACUGCAUGCGCUGGGCCAAGUGAGUGAAGCUGCUGGAGAUCUUCCAGAAGCACUGCCGUAUUAUUUGGUGCUCUUGCGAAUGAGUCGGGCCCUGAGUCGGGAGCUGUUCGAGCUGGUGACCGAGGCGGCUGGGUAUGUCAAGGCAGGCGACGCGGUGGUGCCCAAGCACGUGGUGACGGGGAGUGGCCACGCCGAGCCCAACUUCUUCAACGCCUCGGUGGGUCAGCUGCACGCCCUGACGGAGUGGAUCGAGCGCCGCGCCGACGGCGUGGCGCCCUGGGUGGCGCGGGUCCACCUCAACGGACCUAAUUUACCAAAAGGUUCUUGGGAAGUUCUGAGUUCAGAGGCCUUCCUGACGGUGCCGCUGCAGUGGUACGUCCUGCUGAGCGCCGGCACCUUGCGACCCAAGGUGUCGGAGGUGCAUCUGCACCCCAUGGGCAUGAACGCUUGGCCCCAGAAGCCAGAGUCCAAUGCCACCAAAAGGAAGAAGAAGGCUCUGGUGGAUGAUACCUUGAUGAGGGAAUUCAACAUGUUGAAGCCUUUCGUGGAAAAGCCCACCGCAGCCGGGGCGACUUUGGCCUGGGUGCCGCACGAGGGACGGCCCAUCGUCUUUACAAAGGCCACCAACAAAUGGUCCCAUGCCGAGCUCAGCUACACCCAGGUGAACAUUUUGAUGCUCCUCAUUGCAGUGACCUUCAACAUCGUGGUGUCCGUUCUGGUGGCGGCCUAUGUCAUCAACUGGUUGCAAACGAAUGCGGACUUCCAGCAAGAGUUAAAAGAGGCAGCUGUAACAAUCGCCUCGUCCCACCGCAUUGGCAAACUGAGCGGAAAGGUCAACAGCAGCUGGCGCAUCAUUGCGGCUCAUGUGGAACAGCCGGAUCAAGGAGUCAUCCUGCGCUGGAGGAAACGCACAGGAGUGCAAUCCUCUGCCUACCUCUGCGUCAAGGCGAAAGCCGAUCCGGACCCUGCGCGUGGACUGGAUGGGGAUGAGAUUUGUAUCAACAUGGCGGUUCAAGAACGUGUGGAUAUGAAGGCUGAAAGCAACAUCAUCAUCGAAUUCUUCUUCUCCGCAUCAGGUAGCAAGGGAUAUCCACCAGAAGGAGGAUAUGAGCCCACCGGCAAGGAUCUGAAGUGUCAGUACAGCUACCGUUUCCAAGUGGAGGGCUACAACAACAAUGAGGAAUUGGUGGCUGUUUCUGAUUGGUCCAACGAGGUGUACAUCAAACCCAGGAGCAGCGUUUUCGAUGUGCCCAGUCGCAUUCUGCAAGUGAACUGCGCUGUGCCCACCGACAGCCUGGAGUUCUUCGUGGAGCAUUUCGCGCAGUUCAACAUCGAAGGGAAACAUCCGCAACACCUGGUGAUUCUGAGUGACAUCAAGGUAUGCUACCACAAGAACUGGAGAGACUUCAGAGAUUUUUCCUCCGAUUUCCUCUUAACCGCUUGGAUGGGCGAGACCAGUGCACGCUGCGAACGAGAGACCAGGGCUGGCACCUGCCGUUCCUUCGACAAGACCGGCAUCUUUCGACCUCCAGAUGAUGUGGUGCAAGGAGAUGUGGAUGAUGAAGAAGACAAGCGAACCCAGGAGCUGAAUGAGGUGGUGCCUGGAAGGCCCACGCUAUGUGUCGGCGGUGCUGACCGAAAGCUUUGCGACCUCUUCGUCACCUUGCGAAAGUCUUCGGGAGAAGACGUGGCCGAAGGCACCAAUCAAAAUGGAGAUCGAUGGCGAUCGAUGGCUUCAUUGGGCAUUGACCUCACUGUAGAUGUGGAAGCACCUGCAAGCACCAUGGAUGAUAUCCCGUCUUCAUCAGCUUUCCCAUUGAGAUACUCCAAGCUCUACGCCUCCAUCGAGUUUUUUCCCAGAAAACUGGAAUGGGAUGAUCUCAUUGAAGCUUUCGACAAAUACGAGCAGUCCAAUGAUAUCUCUGAGGACCAAUCCAUCUUUGUGGAACUGGCCACGGACAAGGUGGAGGGUGAGUUCGACGAAGAAUGGCUGGUGUGGGUGGAGGCACGUGUCACCUUCAAGAACGAGUUGGACCCCAAAUGUGUGGAGAUGCCCUAUCACAAGCGCAUCUUCCAGUUGGACCCCCCGGGGCAGAUCUUCUACGAGGGCAUGGAACGCUUCAUGGCCUGGGACGCGUCCAGUUUAGCCCAAUCCCAGCAUGGUGAUGAGGCUGGAUUGCUGGUUGUGCUGGUUAGAAGCCGUACUGUGUGA